AUGCGUACUAUAAUAUUUUUGGCCACACUGGUCACCAACGCUCUCUCGGUCGCUCUCCCAUGGCAAUCUGCCGAAGAUCCAGCCAGCGGAACCCAACUGCCUCUCGUGAUCUGGCACGGUCUGGGCGAUGACUUCGAACGUGAAGGGCUCACUGAAGUUGCCAAACUAGCCGAAGCCACCAAUCCCGGCACAUACGUGCACCUCAUCCGACUCGCCAAUGAUGGCAGCGGGGACCGCUCCGCAACCUUCUUCGGCAACGUAACGGAGCAAAUCGCCCUAGUCUGCGAACAGCUCGCCGCAGACCCAAUCCUCAGUACAGCGCCUGCCAUCAACGCGCUAGGCUUCUCACAGGGUGGUCAAUUCCUUCGCGGGUACAUCGAGCGGUGCAACACCCCACCCGUCCACAACCUCGUCACAUUCGGCAGCCAACACAACGGCAUCUCAGCGUUUGAGUCGUGUGCCUUUGACAACUGGUUUUGUAAAGGGGCUGAGGAACUACUACGGUCGGGACGGUGGACGAGUUUUGCACAGUCGCGGGUCGUGCCGGCGCAGUACUUCCGGGACCCGGAGGAGCUGGACUCGUACCUUGAACACAGCAAUUUCCUAGCGGAUAUCAACAACGAGCGCGCGGUCAAGAACGAGACAUACAAGAAGAAUCUUGCGUCACUGAAUCGGUUUGCGAUGUUUAUGUUUGAGGAGGAUACCGUUGCUGUUCCUAAGGAGAGUGCUUUCUUCUCCGAGGUCAAUGCCACUACUGGUGAGGUGACGCCUCUCCACGAGAGGCCGAUCUACAAGGAGGAUUGGCUGGGGCUGAAGCAGCUUCAUGAGCAGGGGAAGCUAGAUUUCAAUACUGCUCCUGGUCAGCAUAUGCACCUGUCUGAAAAGACACUGCGCAAGGCGUUUAAACAAUACUUUGCUCCGCUGGAGGAGUCAAGUCCUUCGGUACCUGGUCUCGUUGUGCAGCAGCGUGGGCUUUGA